UUUUGCAGGCGGGCCUUCAUCUAUCACUUCGAUUCCUUCUCAUUCACUAUCUGCGGAAAUCGCAUUAGAACUUACAGCAUCGAAAAAUGGCAGGAUUAUUCGACAAGCAAGCAGAUGCAUAUUUAGAUGCACGCCCAACUUAUCCCGCCGACUGGUACUCCAUGUUAGCUGAUCGGACUUCCUCUCAUUCUCUUGCCUGGGAUAUCGGAACCGGCAACGGUCAGGCGGCGAUCGGUGUAGCGGAGCAUUACGAUCAAGUGAUUGGUACCGAUGUGAGCGAAGCUCAAUUGAAACUCGCCAAGGCCCAUCCUCGAGUCCGAUACCUUCACACUCCGCUGACUUUGUCCGACGAUGAGCUAAUUAACUUAAUCGGCGGUGAAAAUUCUGUAGAUCUUGUAACCAUAGCUCAAGCCGUACACUGGUUCGACCUCCCGAGACUCUACUCCAUAAUCAAUCGUGUUCUACGAAAACCAAACGGUGUAUUUGCUGUUUGGGGGUACAACGACUUUGCCAUAACCCCUGAAAUUGAUGCAGCACUUAAGCGCUUCCAUGAAACUACGAUUCCUUAUUGGAAUGAAAAGAUCAGUUAUGUAUUUGAUGGGUAUCAGUCGUUGCCUUUCCCUUUUGAGAGCGUCGGAUUAGGGUCUGAAGGGAGCCCAUUGAAACUUGAUAUACCGAAAGAGUUAGCGUUUGAGGGCGUUUUGGGGAUGCUAAAGUCUUGGUCGGCGGUGGUGACUGCUAAAGAGAGAGGAGUUGAUUUGCUGUCGGAAAGUGUGGUUAAAGAACUUGAGAAUGUGUGGGGUGGAUCGAAGGUGGUGAGGCAUGUCGUUUACAAGGGUUUCAUGAUUGCAGGAAGACUCAGUCGCUUGAAAGUUUGAUCUUAGAAUGUGAUCCCACCAAAUGGUGUGUGGGUCUUUUCCUCCGCGCAUGUGACGUGGAAUAACAUUUAAUGGUGAAAACUAUUUUGUUUUAAUCAAAACUUAUUGAUCAAAUGAAAAUUCGUAUUUGCUUAA